UCUCCUUAAUCACAGGCACAGUAUCCGUCAUUAUUUCCACCAACCAGAAACAUUUUCUGGAUAUCUAAGUUUCACUUAAGAACAGUGUAUGUCUAAAAUGCAUUGUUCCGUUAAUGUAAAUGCCCCCCUUGUUCCUCCUCUUCACUCUCUUAAAAACUCUUCAGGUUUUUCCAACUGAGCGAUUCUGAGGCGGGCGCAACCGCACUAGAGGGAGAGUCGUGCUGGACUGGCGCGAUAUCCUCGCACGGUUCACAACUAAAAGAAGACCUGACCCGCGUUUAAUCAUGAUUUUAAAUGAUGGAACAUGCUGAUUUUAAAAGUUGAUCAGGGAUUUCUAGUUGUGGGUCGUUUGCGAGGCAUGGCUUUCCUUUUAACUUGCUUAUUUCUGUCUUGUUACAGUGUGAGCAGUGUCUGGGGAAAUAAGCCCGUUGAUACCAAUAUUUAUUUGGAUAACAUCACGCGCAUAUUGGAUAGAUUACUGGAUGGCUAUGACAACAGGCUGCGACCCGGAUUUGGAGGUCCAGUCACAGAGGUCAAAACUGACAUUUUUGUCACCAGCUUUGGACCGGUUUCAGAUGUUGAGAUGGAAUAUACCAUGGACGUGUUCUUCCGUCAGUCAUGGAUCGACGAACGGCUGAAAUUCGAGGGCCCCAUUGAGAUCAUGCGGCUCAACAACCUGAUGGUCAGCAAGAUCUGGACGCCGGACACUUUUUUCCGGAAUGGCAAGAGGUCCAUCUCUCACAACAUGACCACCCCCAACAAGCUGUUUCGCAUCAUGCAGAACGGAACUAUCCUCUACACCAUGAGAUUAACUAUAAAUGCAGAGUGUCCCAUGCGUCUGAUGAACUUCCCGAUGGAUGGCCAUGCCUGCCCGCUCAAGUUUGGGAGUUAUGCUUACCCCAUCAGCGAGAUUGUGUACACUUGGAAGAAGGGCCCUCAGUCCUCUGUGGAAGUGCCCGAGGAAUCCUCCAGUCUGCUCCAGUACGACCUCAUCGGCCAGACAGUGUCAAGCGAGAGGCUAAAGUCCAACACAGGUGAAUAUGUCAUCAUGACAGUCCACUUCCACCUGCAAAGGAAAAUGGGAUUCUUCCUGAUUCAGACUUACAUUCCCUGUAUUAUGACUGUCAUCCUGGCCCAAGUGUCUUUCUGGAUUAAUAAGGAAUCAGUUCCAGCUCGGACUGUGUUUGGUAUCACCACUGUCCUCACCAUGACAACGCUCAGUAUCAGCGCUCGACACUCCCUCCCUAAAGUUUCUUACGCCACAGCCAUGGAUUGGUUCAUUGCCGUUUGUUUCGCCUUUGUAUUCUCCGCCCUGAUUGAGUUUGCAGCCGUGAAUUACUUCUCCACCCUGCAAGCUAACCGAGAGUUGAGGAAGGCAGCAGCCAUGAAGGUGGCGGCCCAGGAGGCAGCGGCUGCAGCAGCUACACCGACCUCAGCCACGGGGAUUGACGGAGAUCUUUCCUCAGUGGAUGCGAGCAAUGUGCUGAAGAAGAGGAUGAACUCUGCCCUUCUGUUUGAACGGCCUUCCAAAACAUUUCCCAACCCACCCGUCAAUGCCCAAGCCUUCCUGCAGCAGGGUUCGGCUGUACCAGACAACAACGUUCUGACCGGCACCAGCAUCAUCGACAAAUACUCCCGCAUCCUCUUCCCUCUUUCCUUUGGCGCCUUUAACCUGGUCUACUGGAUCGUCUAUCUCACUAAGGACACAAUGGAGAUGUCAAGGGACCCUGUUUAAGCCACAAGUUCGUCUUUCUGGAAAUCACACGUGCACUCACUUUCACACACAUGCACGAGAAAACACACAUAUUUACACACAAUACAAAGAUGACAGACCCUUGCCAAGCAUUCAUUGAUGCCACCUCAGUGCAUUGUAUUUCUUUUUAAGCACUCUCCUGGAAAGUGAGUGUUUUGAGAACAGAUGAUUCAGCUCUUAUUGCCAACAUGACCAAGGAGCUCAGAGUGAGUGGGCCCAAGGCUCUGGAAACAUUUCAAACAGGUACUGCAUCUCUCUGUCUUUACCUUUUGAUGUUUAUUUACCCCAAUAUUUAGAAAAAUGUAUGACACUUUUUCCCUCUCCAUCCUAUAUCCCCUGUCUGAGUGGACGGGACAAGUUGCAAUGGCCAAGCUAACUAGGCUGUAGAUCCAGAGGUAGAUCCGUUACUUCGUUGUGUGUUUUAAUUUAUGUGUGCUUGCGACAAGCAUGCAGUUCAACACAUGAUAGUGAUUGUGCAUGUGUUUUUAAAAUGACACAUUCUUAUCCAUGACAUUUAGAGCACACUAGAGGGAAUGAGUGAACCCGUUGUCCUGACUGGAUCCAGUGUGACUGACUGAACUCAUUCCCACAACACUCGCUAUGUUUUGGUUCAUUGGCUUAAUUUCCCUUCACUGAUGGGAGUACAAAGGAUGUGAGGCAACAUCUUCAAAGGGGUUUUAUGAUGUGUUCCACGAAUACAUUGGCCUGGCUGAAUAUACUGUAGACUGGCACAUGCAAAUAAUGACCGUGAAAUGUGAUGUAUAAUGACGAAAUAUAUAGACAACUCGCUUAACUCCCUUUCCAUGAUUUCCUGUGUCUUGACAUACCUUUAGACAGAAAUUAACAAAAGAUCUGCACACUGUAUUAAAAGCUCCCACAUCUUAAUUGUGCAACGUUUCGAUAUAACACAGAUCUUCCUCAGGCAUUGUCCGAUUAGAUUUCUGGAAGCCUUUCAAUACAAUGUGCAGAUCUUUGUCUUAUUCUUGCCUAGUUUGAUUUUUUGGUCCAGCACCUGUAAACGUUUUCAGUAAGUGCUGACAACCUGUUUAUCUAUAGACAGAAAUAAACUUUCAAUCCUCACGGCAUGAUUAAAUGACUAUCAUAGAAUAGCUUGUGUCAGCUCAAAACUGUAAUCAAUCUGGUAUCACAAAUGUCUUCUUUUUUUUGUUUACAGAAGACACAGUACCUGACUUUAGGAACACUAGGAAAAAUGGUUCUUAAAACACAUAAACUAGUUUAAGUGCGCCACAUUUAUGUAGUGUAACAAAGAAUGUAAACACAAUGGAAAUAGUGGGAGAAAUAUAAAACACAGUAAACCCACUACAGUGAACUGCAGAAAUACUUUUUCCAGUAACCUGUAUCCUGGCAACAGCCAAUCUUACCCCAGAGAAGAUUUAAGCCUUUAUACGCUAACAUUGUGAUCGUUUUCAUUUUUAUUGUAAGUAUUUAUUGUAGUGUUGUUAAUUGAAGUAAAAAGGUUUCUUCUACUGGUUGCCAAUUAUUUCUUGAUGACAGCUCUGGGAUCGUUUUCAUUUAAAGAACCGGCAAAAAUAGAAUCCUAAACCUAUCAUCAUCAAUUAUACAACAUGCCAACACAUAUUCAUAAUAAUCUACUUGUGUGGAUUUGCAUAUUAUUAUGCACAUUUUCCAAUUAAGUAGAGAUGGUGACAUGUUAAACCCAUGUGGUGUCUAAAUAUAAGCUCAUGUGUGUUUGCUUCCUCAUGACAUCCAUCAUCCAAGAGGAUGUUCUUAUUAAAGGUGUCUCUUAUUAACACUGGCACCGAUUGAGAUAGAAAACCUGCACACGGUGCCAACAGAUGAAAGUAGUCUUGAAAAACGGUACAGCUACUUUUUUUUUGUAUCAGUGGAUAUUCAAUUCUGAAAAUUGUCAAUUCACAUAAACGUUAUGUUAAAACAAACUCAACAAUUAGUGUAAAUUAACCCUGUGUUCUUAUCCAGUCUUGCACAUAGGCUACUGCCCUACAAGUAAUUGAACAAGAACCUGGUUCUUUAAUAUUGUGUUAGGAUUGUUUGUCCACUUUGAUUUUGUUGUAAUUAUGUAUAUCUGUUAUGAGCCCUUUCAUUUGUGAACAGACAAGCAUGGUAUAGCUAAUUUAACAAUACUGAUCGAAUGAAUUAACAAUGCAUGAUUAAAGCAUCAUUAACAUGAACACGUUUUUAUAAAACAAAUAUGCAAUGUUAUAUAAAAUGCAAUAUAGACCA